AUGGUUGCCAUCAAGACUUUGUGGACUGCUGUCCUCCUUGCUGGUGUGGCUCUUGUUGAGUCUAAGGCAUGCAAGAAGCCUUUUAUCAGAAGAGAGUGGCGCUCGCUCAGUUUGAGUGAGAGGGAUCGAUACAUCAAGGCGCAAAAGUGUCUGAUGAAAAAGCCUUCUCAGUCAUCACCAUAUGAUAUCCCCGGUGCCAGGAAUCGAUGGGAUGACUUUUUGGGAACCCACAUCAUCAACGCUGACGAUGUUCACUUUGUCGGCGUUUUCUACCCCUACCAUCGCCUUUUGAUGCAUGCCUACGAGCAAGAGCUCCAAACAUGUGGCUGGAAGGGUGGUGUUCCCUACUGGGACUGGACUCUUGAUGCUGCAGGUCCAGACAACGACACAUCUGUCUUCUAUGACUCUCCCAUCUUCGACAACAAGCAUGGCUUUGGCGGAAAUGGAGCUUGGGUUCCAGGUAACUUCUCUAACCCUGAGCCCGGGCUGCCUGUCAACCCUCCCUGGGACGUGCCCGAUCGUUCUGGUGGAGGCUGCAUCAAGAAAGGUCCCUUUGCUGGACUCAAGUCAAACCUUGGACCUGGAAACGGCACUGCAUACAACCCCAACUGCAUUCGUCGUGACUUUGCGCCGCUCUCUUUUAGAGAUAUGUCUGGUCCUGAUGCUAUCAAGGAUGGCAUGAGACAGAAGGACUUUGGAUUCUUUGACCGCGUCACGGAGAGCACUUUCCACUCUGGUGGUCACUGGGGAGUCGGUGGUUUGUACGGUACUAUGACUGACAAGUGGCAAAGCCCCGCUGACCCUCUCUUCUGGGUACACCACGCCAACGUCGACCGCGCUUGGUGGUCAUGGCAAAUCCGGGACCUCAAGAAGCGCGAGAAAGAUGUCUCAGGCCCUCUUGUCAACUUUGAUUACGCCAACCAGGCUGCUGGCAAUGUCACACUGAACCAUCCCAUCAGCAUCUUCGAGACUCGUCAGUUGAAGGCCAAGGUCAAGGACGUCAUGCACAUUCGCAAGGGACUUCUCUGCUACGACUACGAGGACACUUACUAA